UCAAAAUGCAAAUCAAGGAAUGUAUAGUGUCUGCACCAGGGAAAGCUAUCCUCCACGGAGAACACGCUGUCGUGUAUGGCAAGGGCUUUAUUACAGACAGAGAUACCCCUCAGUUUCAUCAGCUGUCUGGGUGGCUGGUCUCAGACGAUCCCACUGGUGAAGAAACUGGAUGUGGAGGUCCUGGACUGGCGUGGUUCCAUGUGGUCUUCGGUUGUGAGGCCGGUUGGACUGCCAAAUUCUCUAAAACGACAUUGGGAGGUGGCUCUGGCUGUAAGUUUGAACCUGCGCACAUACCUACGGUUGCAGGCCACAUCCACCAGUAAAGUCUGCAUCAAUCUCCCCAACAUCAACACUUUCGUCAGCUGGGAUGUGGCCGUGUUGAAGCAGCUCCUCCCUGACUCUGGAGCUGAGCUGGGGAAUGUGAAUGAGCUUGAUGCAGAGCUUGUCAGGAUGCUGCGAAACUUUGUUGGUGUAUCAAAUGGAACCUUGGAUACUCGCAGCAUGGCCAUCCUAGCCUUCCUCUACAUCUACCUCUGUGUCUUUGCCAAGUCAAGGGAGUUGCCCAGUCUGACGGUGUCUGUGUGGUCAGAGUUGCCAACUGGAGCGGGUCUGGGGUCCAGCGCUGCCUACUCUGUGUGCCUGGCUGCAGCCAUGCUUUCUGCCAGUGGGACCAUCCCUUCUCCACUGAGUGACCAGGAAAACACAGCCAGGUGGGGUGAGGUGGAGAUGGAGCUAAUUAACAGGUGGGCGUUUCAGGGAGAGAGGAUCAUCCAUGGGAACCCCUCAGGGGUAGACAAUGCUGUGGGGACAUGGGGUGGCAUAUUGAGAUACCGUUCUGGGAAGAUAACAGCCUUAAGCAGGGUCCCAAUGUUAAGGAUCCUACUCACGAACACCAAGGUCCCUCGCAGCACCAAGGUACUUGUUGCUGGAGUGAAGGACAAAAUGAACAAGUUUCCCUCUAUUAUAAACCCUGUACUGGAGUCUGUGGAUGCAGUCUCCUGCACCUGUGAGCAGACCUUAACAGAGAUGGCCAGCGACACCCCCACACCAGAGCAUUACAAUGUCCUGGAGGAGCUUAUUGACAUCAACCAGCACCACCUGAAUGUGAUUGGUGUCGGACACACGACCCUGGACACCCUGUGCCAGGUCACCCUGGCCAGAGGUCUACACAGCAAGCUGACUGGUGCCGGAGGAGGGGGCUGUGGCAUUACCUUGCUUAGACCAGAAACGGAGUGCUCGGUGAUCCAGAACACGAUCCAGGACUUGAGAGACUGUGGCUAUGACUGCUGGGAGACCCGUAUCGGUGCAGCAGGUGUGCAGCAGCACUCUCCCCUCGCUGUGAAAGAGCAGGUCCUGGAGGUUUUGGCGCGCUACUGAGACUCACUGGCCAUGGGUGUGCCCAAUGCCCUCCCUACAGGGUAGCAGGGAGCUUAGCUCCAUGACUCUGGCCAACCAAGUCUUCUAUUGUAAACCUUUCUGGGAUAUGUGGGACGGUAGUCUCCCACCUCGCCAACAUCCAGUGAAAGUGCAGGGCGCCAAAUUCAAAACAACAAAAAUCUCAUAAUUAAAAUUCCUCAAGCAUACAAGUAUUUUACACCAUCUUAAAGAUAAAAUUCUUGUUAAUCCAGCCACAGUGUCAGAUUUCAAAAAGGCUUUAUAGCGAAAGCACCACAAACGAUUAUGUUCGGUCACCACCAAGUCACAGAAAAACUGCCAUUUUUCCAGCCAAAGAGAGGAGUCACAAAAAGCACAAAUAGAGAUAAAAUGAAUCACUAACCUUUGAUCUUCAUCAGAUGACACUCAUAGGACUUCAUGUUACACAAUACAUGCAUGUUUUGUUCGCUGAAGUGCAUAUUUAUAUUUAAAAAAAUCUCAUUUUACAUUGACGUGUUACGUUCAGUAGUUCUAAAACAUGCAGUGAUUGUGCAGAGAGCCACAUCAAUUUACAGAAAUGCUCAUCAUAAAUGUUGAUUAAAAAUACAAGUGUUAUACAUGGAAUUAGAGAUAUACUUCCCCUUAAUGCAACCGCUGUGUCAGAUUUUUUUUUAAACGUUACGGAAAAAGCAAACAGUGCAAUAAUCUGAGUACAGCGUUCACACAACAAAGCAGCCAUAAAGAUAUCCGCCAUAUUGUGUAGUCAUCUUUAGUCAGAAAUAGCAUUAUAAAUAUUCACGUACCUUUUAUCUUAAUCAGAAUGGACUCCCAGGAAUCCCAGUUCCACAAUAAAUGUUCGAUAAAGUUCAUAAUUUAUGUCUAAAUAGCUUCUUUUGUUAGGGCGUUUGGUAAACAAAUCCAAACGCGCGUUCAGGUCCAGCUGAACAUCGGGACGAAAAGUUCAAGAAGUUAUAUUACAGGUCGUUGACAAUUUUCUAACUAAGUAUAGAAUCAGUCUUUAGGAUGUUUUUAACAAAUCUUCAAUAAUGUUCCAACCGUAGAAUUCCAUUGUCUGUAGAAAAGCAAUGGAACGAGAGCAAACUCUCUCGUGGCCGCGCGAUACGAGCCUGUGGCACUCUGCCAGACACCUGGCUCAAUUCCCUCUCAUUCACCCCCACUUCACAGUAGAAGCUUCAAAAAAAGUUCUAAAGACUGUUGACAUCUAGUGGAAGCCUUAGGAAGUGCAAUAUGACCCCAUUUACACUGUAUAUUGGAAUGGCAGAGUUGAAAAACUACAAAACUACUUUCCCACUUCCUGGUUGGCUUUUUCUCAGGUUUUCACCUGCCAUAUGAGUUUUUUGUUAUACUCACAGACAUCAUUCAAACUAUUUUAGAAACUUCAGUGUUUUCUAUCCAAUACUACUAAUAAUAUGCAUAUAUUAGCAUCUGGGACAGAGUAGCAGGCAGUUUACUCUGGGCACCUUAUUCAUCCAAGCUACUCAAUACUGCCCCCCUGUCACCAGGUCAUCACACAAAUCACUUAUUUUUCUAACUCUGAAAUCAUGCCAUUUCAUGAGGUCAUGAAACUAAUAUUGUAGGUGAACUAGGCAGGUGAUCACACGUCACUUUGAAAUGUGGUUUUCUAGUUUUCACUAUUGGAGUAUGAGCCUCCCCUGAAUAUUAACAGAAUAUUAUGAAUAAUAUUAACAGAACUGGGUUUGAACCGUUUUUCUAGGUUUUUCAUGAGCUUUUCAUUAAUGUCUAAAGCGGAUGCUGCAGAAGAGCAAGAAACACUGUGCUCAGCAGUGUGUCUAGCUACUGGUUUUGGCAGAGAGAACUAGUAUUCAACUAUUAUUUAACUAAUAUUUUUAACUAAUUAUUUAACUAUUAUUUAUUUUGAAGACAGAUGAGCAACCUUGACUUUAGUGCUUAGUUUUCAACUCAAGAUUGGUCCAUCUGUUAUUUUUCAGUGAGCGGUUUUUAGUCUUGUUUUUGAAUAUCAGUACCUUCGUUGACGUCUUGUUAAUUUCAAAAGAGGGUGCCGUGAUCUGUUUGUCCAAUAGAUGGCAGCAAAAUGUAAGAAUUCACUAACCUCAACAUGGAUUGAGUGAGUCAGAGCAACAGGGACUGAGCGAGUCAGAGCGAUAGAUUGUCAUUCAGUGUUUGCUUCAGGUGUCAAUACAAUGCCAUGGCUGAUGCACUAUUUGUUAAACUAACCUUUUAAAACUGAAAACCUUCUAGUUCUAUGUGUCACAUAAAUGGUGUGUGGAUGUCUUUUUAAAGGAGCUAUUUGUCCAAUAGAAGACUAGUUAUGGUGAAUUCAUUGACUAAAAAUAAAAAACAUUUUUUUUUACAUAAACCA